GGGAGAAUGAUAUGAGGAUCAUGAAUGGCGUUGCAGGUCACUGAGAAUUGGAUACGAGAGCGAGUUGGACUGACACACGACGUUUUGGAGGACGUGCGUUCUCUGUCAUUGCCCGGCACUUAUCAUGAAAAGAUCUCUGGCUUGGGACGCUCGUUGAGAGGUUUCACGAGGCUUAAGAAUUUGGAUUUGUCUCGUAAUGCGAUUGUGUGUCUGGAGGGAUUGGAGCAUUUGACUGUUUUGGAAGUGCUUAAUUUAUAUUACAAUAACAUCCCCGACUUGAAAGAACUCUUUCGCCUAAGACACAAUGCUAAACUCAAAGAGUUGGACCUUCGUCUCAACCCCGUCACUCAAAACCAACUUGAUUAUCGUCUCUUCUGUGUCCACUUGCUGCCCUCACUGAGACGAUUAGAUGAUCGUUCAGUGAGAGAUGGAGAGAGAAGGGCUGCACUCAUGCACUUUACUACAGACCAGGCUGCAGUGAUGGAUGAUCACAAGGAGAAUAGACCAAACACUCAUCACAAAGCUGAUAAUGAUGUAGCUAUUUCACGAAAACAGUUGAUUUCUCAUCUGGGGAAUCGUCCAACAGCUCUUGAUGACGACGACUGUGCGUUGAUUGACUUGAUAUCUCACUCUGGAGGAGAUCUUCGUCAACCCAGAAGUGUAACCGGAUCUCGUGCUAUUCAACCCACUGCACAAAUAAGAGACCCACCACCUCCACAAGAACCCGAUGAGCUUUUGACUAAAUUUCGAGAAUCACAGAAGCAGGAGCAACCAACACAUCAACCUGCUGCUGUUUCAUCUUCCACUCAUUUCAUGCCAUCAGCACAACCUUCCUCACACUCUCAAAGACUCCACCAUGCGACCAUCAUCAACAGAGACAGCCAACCCGUUACCACAGACCCAAAUCUUCAUUAUACUGACGAACCAGAUGCCUACACAGCCUUUACAAUGAAAGGACACUUUACAGCGAAUCCUCAAGAGACGGUGGAAAGUGAGAAAAUGAGUGAGACAGCUGAUGUAGACGAGAUGUCUGAACAUGAACAACUCACCCAACAGACUCAGACAGAUGAUGCUGUCGAUGAGAUGGGAAGCCACAGUGAAGGAGAGUCUGAGACUUUUUCAGAGACGAGUUGUGUGAAUGACGAGAUGCUGAGUAGAGCAGCCGAACAGCUUGUUAGUUUGAUGAAAGAGAGGGGUGUAAUCAAGAGCAAAGAUCGUUUAACAGCAAGCAUUGUGAAGCCAUUUCUAGCUGAUACGCUUCAGCCGUUCACUCGAUUGCUUGCUGUGGAGGGUGCACGAUGUAGCGAGUUGAGAGAGCAGUUGGCUGAGAUGAAGACUGUUGUUUCGUCACUGAAUGAUAAGUUGAGGUUACAGCAGGAAAAGAUGCGGAUGAUGAAGAGGGAAGAGAAGGUGGUGCCGAACGAGCAGUCACAGAAGCAAAAGGAAAUGUCUUUGCUUCGAGUUCGUCUUCAAGAGUUGGAAGAGGACAAUGCGUCUCUACGGCAGAAAAUUAACUCACAGAAGGAAGAACGGCACGACACGAUCAUCGUACCUGCACAAAUACAACAGAAACUAGCGGAAUUAGAAUCAGACAAUGCUUCUCUAUUGAAGGAAUUAGCAGAAGUCCAGAAACGGGAGAGACACAAUGUAAUGGAGACACAGCGAUUGGACAGUUUGACAACAAUGCUUCAAGAGAGUCACAAAUCUCUCGUCACAACUAAUGACCACUUGCUACAAGAGCUAGAUGACCUCCGCCACAGACACAGACACGAAGUGGAGCAACUGCACUGGACCUACCAAGAGUUGAAACGUACGCUCGACAAGCAACUCAAUUGACUAACAAUCACACGAUCACAUCCUCGGUAUCUUACCACUCGAUUUCCCUUCUCAUCUUCGCUUUCGUUCCACGCAAAUAUCACAGCAACUUUGUCAAGCUGUUGAAUGCGUCUAGCGUUUCUGUAUCUGACUGAUCAUGUGGUGAGUGUGCUUGUAUCUUGUGUAUACAGUGUAUGUGUAUGUACCAACUUGUGCUGCUAACAUCUCAUGAUGGCAAACACACGGGUGUAUGUGCCUUGUUUGGCUGUAGAGAAAACAAGUGUCUGCUGUCUGUAUAUGAUACUGUACAACCGCAAUUAUCCGGAUAAAUUG